CGCCCCAUCCACAUCCCCAUCCACCUGCUGCCGCCAUCCACUCUCGCCGCCCCCGUCCACCACCUCGUACCACGCCGCUGACCACCAUCCACUCUCGCGUGCACACGACCUCCUCGCUCUUCGCAACUGCUCCAUGUAUGCCGCCUGGUUCCAUCGAGCCCCGGCGUCUCCCACCACCGCGCAGCACCGCGCCGAGCUUGCCUCGUUCUGCUGCGUCCUCUACUCCGGCUGGAUCCACCAUGUCCGCAGUAGAGGAGCGGGUGGGAAGCACCAAACAAGGCCAUGUCAUGGAGGUUCUGCUCAGGCAACCCUGCACUGCUUGCAGCCGACGCCGUGGAGGUAUCCAAACCUCACAGGACUACAGGUUCUAUGCCAUCUCGGCGGAGUACCCUGAGUUCAGCAACAAGGAGAAGACACUCGUGCUGCAGUUCACGGUGAAGCAUGAGCAAAAGCUUGUCUGCGGUGGUGGUUACAUCAAGUUGCUCGGAGAUGUUUUGCAUCAGCCUGUCAUUGCUAAGGAAGAAGCAGUACUUGAAGAAGCAGACUAUAUGUUUUCUUGUUGUGAAGCACUAGAUAGUUCUAUUUAUUCUUUCCUGUUCUAGAGUAUUUCAGCAGCUGAAUGCUUGAAUACGUAAUGUUGUAGGUUGCUUGGAUCUGUAUAAAAUACGGAUGUGAUGGAAAUUUGUAGAAUGUGAGUUUUGAGAUAUUUCUGUAAUAUUCAGCUAAUUGGUGGUGAUUCAUAUUGUUAUUCAAA